UAAGCGAGUUUACCAAUCAUGGAAAGCAUCAUUCCUUGCUUGUAUUGACAGAGCGCCAGCCACAGCAGAGUACAAACUUCUUCAGCUUAGACAGUACUUAUCUGGCGAAGCGUUAAAAGUAAUUGAAAAUCUUGGGCACUCGGCGUUUGCGUAUCAAGCAGCAAAAGAUCGACUUGAAAGGAAAUAUGGGGGCAGGCGUCGACAUAUAGCAAUUUACCUAGAAGAACUUGAACACUUCGAAAACGUCCGACUUGGCAACGCAAAAGACCUAGAACAAUUUGCCGAUCUAUUAGACGUAGCAAUUAUUAAUUUGCAGGAAGCGGAUCAACACCACGAACUUGGAAUUGGUUCAUUAUAUGCAAAAUUACAAAGAAAAUUACCAGAACCGCCCUUGGCACGAUAUCAUCGUUGGGUCUUUGAGGGUCAACACAAUGAGUCAGUAUUGUCGCUACGGACAUUGGUUAUUCAAGAGGCAGAAUUACAAACUAUCGCGUCAGAAACCGUGCAAGGAAUGUCAGGAUAUUUGAUGUCAGAGCAUACUUCGAAAAAGACGAACUCUAACAAUCAAAGAUCGUUUUUUGGUGGUUCCGAAGAAAGCAGGAAAAUAUCUAAAUGCAGAGUAUGUGACAAACAGCAUGGAGUAUGGAACUGUGACAAUUUUAAAGAAAUGAACGUUUCACAACGGAGGGACAAAGCAAAACAACUUUAACUUUGCUAUCGUUGCCUUGGGUUUAACCAUGUCGGAAAGUCAUGCCGUCAAAGUAGACAAUGCGGACACAAUGGAUGUGAAGAGCUGCAUCACAGACUGUUACACAGAGAUGCGAAAAAGAGCAUGAAAUCAAACGCUGUUGACAGUCCAGUUCAAUACCCUACGGAAGAGAAUGGGGCAACAUAUUUGUCAGCAAAAAGUCAUACCAGAUCUGAUUUAGUAGGGCUCCGAACAGUUCCGGUUAUUCUCUCAAAUGGAAAUCGGUCGAUAACUGUAAACGCAUUGCUAGAUGACGCAAGUACAAAAACGUACAUCAAUAGUGACGUAGCGGCAGAACUCGGCUGUAAAGGUAGAACGGAAAAGGUCAAGGUCAAUGUUCUGAAUAAUCUAGUCGAGACUUUUGAAACUAGACCAGCUGAAUUCGAAAUAAGAAGUGUCAACGGAAGCGUUAAGAUAAAUGUAGCAGCAUAUACAGCUAACAAAGUAACAGGAGACAUGGAAGUUGUUGACUGGAACAAGUACCAAAGAAAAUGGCCACAUCGUCGUGACGUAACAUUUCCAAAAGCUACGACAAGACCUAUUGUUGACAUCUUAAUUGGAGUUGAUUGUGCAGAUUUACAUUAUGCACUGGAAGAAAGAAGAGGUAGAGCAGGGGAGCCAAUAGCGUGUCUUACUCCACUUGGAUGGACAUGCAUCGGUAAUCCGUUGUCAAAUUUAACACCGGUCCUACAAACAAAUUAUGCGCAAACAUACUUUGUAAGAGACGUAACGGAAAUCGAGACUCUAAACCUGACUCUUAAGAAAUUCUGGGAAGUAGAUAGGGAAUCAACUGAAUCACCUGUCGUUAACAUUGACGAGCAACAAGCACUUAAAGCAGUAAAACAGUCUUGCAUAUUCGAAAAUCAGAUGUAUCGCGUCGCAAUUCCAUGGAAAAGCAACAAAACUGUUAUGCUAAAAAAUUACAAAAUGACACUGAAUAGAUUAGAGAACACAGAAAAAAGACUUAAACGAUGCCCUCAGGAAGCUAAAGCAUACAGCGAAUGCAUCGAACAAUACGUAGCAAAGGGGUACGUGUACAACAAAAACCAGAAUCGUGUUUGAUGCUGCAGCAUAAUUUAAAGACGUAUCACUAAAUGAUAAAAUGCACCAAGGCCCAAAGCUACAGCGCGAUCUGUUUGACGUUUUGCUAAGAUUCAAGAAGCAUCCCGUUACAGUAGUUUGCCGAGAUGUAUCUCAGAAUAGGCAUCGAUCACGCGAACAAGCCAUAUCACAGAUUCCUAUGGAGGGGAAUGAAUCAUAACCGUUGUCCCGAUAUCUACGAAUUUGAUAGACUCGUGUUCGGUGUAAAUUCAUCACCAUUCCAAGCACAGUGUGUCUUACAGCAACGCGCAAGGGAAAAUCUCAGCGCAUUUCCAUUAGCUGCUGAAAACCACUCUCUAACCAAUUCAACACGAGAGCGGUUUCAUCCUGAGAGAGACAUCAAGAUUGGCGAAGUCGUUCUUAUCAUUACUCCGGAAACGACGAGAGGAAACUGGCCACUAGGACGGAUAUUCGAGGUUUAUUCAGGACAAGACGGUCGAGUGAGAGUCGUACAAAUUCAGGUUGGAAGCAGCACCAUGACGAGAUCGGUGACAAAGCUAUGCCCGUUAGAACUGGACAAUUAAUGAUUAGAAUAUCGAAAAGAACAUACAAUUAAUUUACGUAUUCAAUUUAUUAUUUAAAAUUUUGUUUUCCAAUAUUUAUCAAAAUGUACUGUAUUUUGAUGGAGGGGAAAAUGGACUUUAGAUUUGAACGUUUAAUUGGUACCAGCGGAUUGAUUCCAUGACGUGACGUCGAUUUGUGACGUAACGUUAAAAACGUGACGUCGUUACUUAGUGAUGUACUGGAUUGACACAAGGAGUGUACAUAUAUUUUGGAUCGUUAAUAAAUGCUCACACCAAAAGCGGCCCUUCCUCCCCUUGGAGCGUGACGUUCUUUAUUGACGGCCCAUACCCGGCUUAAUCACAAUGAAUGGCAGUGUUUCCGCCCGCUUGAUUCAAACGAACAACAGUUCAUGGCACACAAUUGAAUUGAAAGUAUGUGAAACAUCAAACAAAAUUUCGUUUUUUAUAAUAGCGUUUAUGCAUUAAAAUUGAUUUAAAAAUAAUGCUUAUAUUUGAUUAAAUAUGUGUCUCUGAUUGUUAAGCAACAACACGUAAUAAUAGUAUUUAUGACCGAGUUAGUUUUUUAGUGCGCUUUUGCGUAUAACGGAAUUAUUUCUUUUUUCAAAAAAGUAAAUUAA